AUGGGGAGUGGGCCGCGCUCCAGCCGGCGAGGCGGAGCCUGUGGGGCAAGAAGGGGUCCCGCCGGAGGUGCGGACCCCGCUCUGGCGGCGGGGUGCAAGCUCCGGGGGGAGGGGCCGUGCUCUGGGGGCGUCCUCCCUGGGAGGGGGAGGGUCCGCGCCCUGGGCCCGCUCCGGCCCCCGAGCCUCGCGGGCCUCGGCUCACCUGUGCUCCUGCCUCUCCGGGCCGACCCGGGUGCGCGGCUGCGGGAGCCAGUAGCGCUGGGCAGACGGGAGCGACGGGAGCCUGCGGAACCGCCGCCGCCGGCGCCGCCGCGUCCAGCUCCGUUUGACACCCACUCACCAGCCAACAUGGCGGCCGGGAGGGGGCGCGCCGGCUGCGUGCGCGCGCCCGCCGGCCCCCGCCCCUCCGCCCAGCCCGGGCCCCGCCCCCGGCGGCUCCGCCUUCCCCUGGCCCCGCCCCCGAGCCUGCUGGCCCCGCCCAAGCCCCGGCCCAGCGGGCCCGAACGCGGCGCGCCCCCUCACCCCAAGACCUCCCCACCCACGGAGGUGAGAGCUGGGGAAGAGCCCCAGGUCCGGGAGGUGGAGCCGGAAGGCGGGGCUGCCGGGCUUGAGGUCCAGCUGCCCCAUCCACAGCGGGGGACCCAGAGCCGUCUAGCCCGGGUUCCAGUCCCAACACCCCCCCUCACCAGCUGUGAGACUGUGGGCAACCCACAAACCUCGCCAGCCUCUCGCACCUUUGAAGUGGCUGCCUCCGGGUGA